GUCUCUCAUCCUAAUGUCCAAGCAGAAACAAGGAGGUCUAUGAAUCCGCAGCAUACCACCUUUAUUUGCCUCCUCACAAGAUAGCGAUGGUGGCUGCGCACAAGUUCGACCUCCUCGCCGCCGCCAGCGUCGGUUUCAAGACGAUACAUGUCCCAAGACCUGCUGAAGAUCCACGCGAGGUAAGGGAGAGUAUGCGUAGCAAGCAGGACGGCGGUGAAGUGGAUCUUGUCGUUAAAGAUUUUCAAGAGCUGGCGAGGCUUAUACGCAAUUCGUACAGACUUUCGUUGCAGAGCAAGGCAAGUACAGAGGGGUAUUAUCUUCAGAUAUCUCUGUCUUUCAUGGACAAAAUGCGGACCGCUAUAAUAUCUCUAAUGUCCUGACGUGCGCUGGCGUAUGAUGCACGUGAUCUCCUGGCAGACAUUUCUCCUGGGAGGGCCACUUUCACAUAAUUAUAACUCGACAGAUCAGAGGACUUACACGCAAUCGAAGA